AUGGCUGAUUUGCAGGGCCGCAAGGUCUUCAAGGUUUUCAACCAGGACUUUAUCGUGAACGAACAAUACAAUGUCACCAAGGAGCUCGGUCAAGGAGCCUACGGUAUCGUGUGCGCGGCUACCAACAUCCAGACCGGCGAGGGUGUCGCCGUCAAGAAGGUGACCAAUGUCUUCAGCAAGAAGAUCCUGGCCAAGCGCGCUCUCCGUGAGAUCAAGCUGCUCCAGCACUUCCGCGGUCAUCGCAAUAUCACAUGCCUCUACGAUAUGGAUAUUCCCCGACCGGACAACUUCAACGAAACAUAUCUCUACGAGGAAUUGAUGGAAUGCGACCUGGCGGCCAUCAUCCGCUCCGGUCAGCCGCUGACCGAUGCCCACUUCCAGUCCUUUAUCUACCAGAUCCUCUGCGGUCUCAAGUAUAUCCACUCCGCAAACGUCCUGCACCGUGACCUGAAGCCCGGUAACCUGCUCGUCAAUGCCGACUGCGAGCUGAAGAUUUGUGACUUCGGUCUCGCCCGUGGUUUCUCCAUUGACCCGGAGGAGAACGCCGGAUAUAUGACCGAGUACGUCGCAACACGCUGGUACCGUGCGCCAGAGAUCAUGUUGAGCUUCCAGAGCUACACUAAAGCAAUUGACGUCUGGUCCGUUGGCUGCAUUCUCGCCGAGCUCCUCGGCGGCCGCCCCUUCUUCAAGGGCCGCGACUACGUCGACCAGCUAAACCAGAUCCUUCACUUCCUGGAAUACGUGCGCAACCUCCCCUUCAUGCCCAAGGUCCCCUUCAAGACCCUCUUCCCGCAAGCCAACCCAGACGCCCUCGACCUGCUUGACCGCAUGCUGGCCUUCGACCCCUCCUCCCGUAUCUCCGUCGAGGAAGCCCUCGAACACCCCUACCUGCACAUCUGGCACGACGCCUCGGACGAGCCCAACUGCCCCACCACCUUCGACUUCACCUUCGAAGUCGUCGACGAGGUCCCCGAUAUGCGCAAGAUGAUCCUCGACGAGGUCGUGCGCUUCCGCGCUACUGUCCGCCAACAAUCUCAAGGUCACGCUGCGGGCCAGCAGCAGGCUGCUCAGCAGACCAAUGUCCCCAUUCCGGAUCAGCAGGGCUCGUGGAAGACUGAAGAUCCCAGACCUCAGGAGGCUACCGCUGGCGGUAGCUACAACCCUAAUGAUUUGGAAUCAUCGCUGCAGCGCGGCAUGGAUAUGCACCACCGCUGA